AUGGGUGGGAGCAAGUUGGACGCGGACGGCCGACUCACCGACGCUGGGCGAGGGAGAGUGGAGGAGGAGGUCGCCGGGGUGCCAUUUUGGACGCCGCGGGAGGUGAGGGACGAGGCUGCGGCCGCGGCAAUGGGAAGGGAGUCGGAGCCGGGGUGGCCGCAGCCGCCGUGCCUGCGCCCGCCGCCCGCUCCGGGGUGGCUGGAGCCGCCACUCCGGGCAGCUGGGGCCCCCGCCCGCGCCGGGAUGGCCGGGACCGGAGCGUCCGCGGGCGUCCGCGCCUGCGCCGGGAUGUCUCGCUGGUUGCAGGCGCCCGUGCCGCCGCUGGCUCGACGGAUGAGCCCAAGAAGGUUCCCGAGGUUUCGGGUUUACAAUGAAACGGGUAUAGACCAAACCAAUCCACAAUCGAACGGCCACCAUCGCAAGUUCGCCAGAUCGAACGGCUUGCGGCUUAACGGGCGACGUGGCACGAUGGUUAGCCUGCUUUUGGAAGCAGGAUUAGUAUAUAGAGAUGUUGCAUGA